AUGCUUUUGAAGAAUGGCCUAGUCCUUGCAGUAUUUGACCUCCUGAAGUUAGCGUAAGUGUGGAGGGAUCUUAUUUAUUCUUUAGAAAAAUAUCUUGCUUUUACGGACUGAAGUUUCUUAGUGAUAGGUGUUUGCCAAAGGUACAUUUAUGUUUUUUAACGAUCUUUAAGCAUCCGCGGAUAAUGCCGCAUGCGACAGUUGAUCAACGUCCUCUGAACUCCAUAUCGAGAAGAAAGCGACUAUUGUCUUGUAACCUUAGUGACGGGACGCAAAACAAUGUCACACAUACCCGAAAACGGACAAGAUUCUCGGAACUUUCUGAGGGACCGAAGCGCUAUCGGAUCAGUUUACGCAACUCGAACAUCCGUGUUCCUAACGCGGCAGCAACGACAACGGCCCGAGUCCGCACUCGAUCAUACUUUAAAUCGAAUGGCGUUGACCGGAGGCAUCUCAAACUUGACCCGAGUUUGGCGUCAAACAGUCCCUCAACCCCAAACAUCCGAGCACGCUUGCGGAGUUUCAAUGGGUCUUACAGCCCCCCUAAUCAUUUUAAUCGUAUUGCAACUAUGACAUCUCCAAAGGAAAAUGUUCCAACAAAUGGUUCCUCGGACGAGGAAAAUCAGGUCGCGUUCGAUAAGUCUUUCGUAGAAAAAGACAAGGCCCUGCAGGUCGAACUUACCCCUAUCUUUUCCCCAAGACGAUUUCGGUCUCCGAGCAAAGAUCAGGCGGCAAAAUUGAAGAGGGUUAAUGCCCGGAGGAUCGAGUUUGAUGUUGAAGAAGUCGUUGAAAACUCAGACUUGAGCUCUUCGUAUGCGCAUGAGGAAUCUUUUUUGGUGGGUUGCUCUGCAUUUUUCCGAUACUAGCCUUUUUAUUUUAUUGUUCUGUCGACUAAGAUCACUUAUACCACGAAUGUAUUAGUGGCAUUUAUCGUGCUUAUAUUCAACACGAGUUUUGGUUUUUAACAUUUUCAGAGCCAAUCCAUUGUGGGGGAUCCCAAGGAAAAGCUCCUGGAACUGUGUGGUCAAACUGAGACGCGGUCAUUCUCCUCCUUUUUUGAUGCUGAGUAUGCCUUGUUAUCCUCUCUAACCUGCCUCUUUAGGACGUUAGAGAGCAUCGUGAAGAUAGGUGAGGGUGUUUAUGGUGAAGUCUUUCAGACGCACAAGGGCACAGUCAUAAAGGUUUUCCCUGUUGAUGGUGACCUUCCAGUAAAUGGAGAAAAGCAAAUGGAAUCCAGUCGCGUAUAUCCCGAGGUCUUCAUUUCGAGGUAA